AUGAAUUAUUGUACACUACUGACCAUAUGUUUUUUUUUUUGCUUAUUUUUAACUAAUGUUGUUUAUGAAUAUGUACAUGUGUUAAAUUCGAAAAAACGAAAAAGUAGACAAGAAGAAAAUAACGAUAAGAAGAAAUUAUUUAAAUUUUUUUUACAUAUACUUAUUUUAAAGCAAAUAAUUUUUGAAUCCUUUAUAAAUUUAGGAAUUAAAAUGAGCAUAUUACUUCAUGUUUUAAAAAGAUAUUUAACAUAUAACAAAAAGAAUUAUAUAGGUUAUUUAAAAAAUGAAGAAGAUCAUGAUAUAAAAAAAGUGGAUAAUAAUAAUAAUAAUUAUUAUUAUUUAAACAAUAACUUGAAUGAUAAUAAGGAAAAGGAAAAAGACACGAAAGAUGAGAAGAAAAAUAAGAAAAAGAAUAAAAUGAAUUAUACCAAUAAUAAUGAUAAUGAAAUAAUCGGAAAUAAUAAUAAUAAUAAUACAAAUAUUAAUGAAAUUAAAAUUUAUAAUAAUACUUUUAUAAAUAAUGAUUAUUUAAAUUAUAAUAAUAUUUUAAAAAAUAAUAGAAACCAUUUAACGAAUAAGAAAAAUGUAAAGGUGAAAACAAUUUAUUUUAUUAGACAUAGUGAAUCUGUAUGGAAUAGUGUAUUUAAUAAAGAAAUGUCUACUAAACAAUUUUUAAAAAUGUUUAUGGUUAUUCUAUACGAACUUGUUUUUCUAUUUAGUAAAAAAUCAGCACUUAUUGAUUCUCCUUUAAGUAAUACAGGUAUUAUACAAUCAAUCGAAUUAUCCAAUUUUUUACUAGAAGGUCGAACCGAUUUCAACGAUGAAUUCUGUGAUGAAACAUUUAAUCAUAUAGAAUAUAUAAAUGAUAAAACUAAAACAAAUGAUAAUACCAUAAAUAAUAAAGAUGAAUAUGUUAUUAAUAAUAAUAAUAGUAUUGAUUUAUAUAAAUUAUCAAAAAAAAAAUUAAAGAAAAAUAAAAAUUCUCUUUCAACUUAUAAUAAAAAACAAGAAAAUAAGGAUAUUCUUACCAUUAAUAAUAAUGAUUAUUCACAUGAUAAUUCAAAUGAUAAUCAUAAUAUACAAGAAGAACAAGAAAACAUUCUACAAAAUGUUAAAAAUUAUAUAACUUAUGAUAAUGAUAAUAAUUAUUCAAAUAAGAGAAAUUAUAAUUAUCGUAAUGAUGAAUAUAAUCAUGAAGAAAUUAUUAACCUAAAUUUAAAAGAUCAUAUAGAUAUUCUUAAUAAUAAUAAAUAUGAUAGUGUUCUUUUAUGUUCUGAUCUAAGAAGAACCAUAUCUAGCUGUUUCAUAUCAUUUUAUAAUAGAAUAAAUAAAUAUAAUGAAGAUAUUUAUGUUCUUAAUUCAUUACAAGAAAUUAGUAGAAACCCUGAUUGUGUACCUUUAAUGAAAUAUUAUAAUAAAUAUGUUACAACAGAUAUUGAAAAAUUUCUUCAUAAAGAUGUAGAAAAAUUAUUUAGAAAAAAUAUUAAAUUUAAUAAAAAUUUCACAAGAAAUAGUUUUCUAGAUACAUUAGAUUAUAUAUUCAAUCAUGAAAAAAAUAUUUUUAUUAUUUUUGGACAUAGCUUAUGGUUCUUGCAUUUCUUCAAAUAUUUCCUAAAAGAAUCACAUAAAGCGAAAACGAAUAAAUUAAAAAAUGCUAGUGUUAUAGUUUUUAAUAUUUUCAAAUAUGAAAAUGAUGAUCAAGAAAAUGACUCCUUCAAAGUUGAACAAGUAAUACAGAAUGAUCAUAUUAAUCAAGAUCAAAACACUCCGAACGAACAACAAGAACAUUAUAAUACACAACAAGAACAUUAUAAUACACAACAAGAACAUUAUAAUACACAACAAGAACAAUAUAAUACACACCAAGAAAAAUAUAAUACACACCAAGAACAAUAUAACCAUGAUACAAAUGAUAUAUAUGAUACAGAAUAUUUAACACAUGAAGAUUUAACAGAAAAUAGUGAUUAUUUAUCAAGUUAUACCGACUAUGAAGAAGAUGUAACGAAAGCAGAUGAACAAGAAAAUUAUUACGAAAAUCAUAAUGACGACAUUGUAUUACAACAUGUUGAUAACUUACAGCAUAUAAGGCAUAUGAGAAAUAGUGAUAACUCAUAUGAACAAGAGCCAUUGAGGAGCACUACAAAAGAAAAAAAAAAACUUAAACUCAAAAAUCCAAAGAGAAAACAUAAAUUACACAAAAAAAAUAAAAAAAAUAAAAUUUUUGUCAAUGAAAAAGUCAAAUAUGAAGUUGAUCAAAAUAGUAUACGUGUACUAUACAAAGGUUUUGAUGAAAAAUAA